UCGACCCCCACACUUCUUCCCUUCUUCUUUUUGUUCUGAUGGAAAUCAGCGCCAGCCCCCCGGCCGGACACACUUUCUGCAGCACGCGGAGUUGAGAGCUUCACUCUCGGGCGGGACGAUGAGCUGAUCGCCGCUCCGCGUCUCCUCUUCACCACUUCUUCCCAGCUUUCCCCGGAUCUUUUUCUUCUUUUCCCGCCUUCGUAUCCCCGCGGUCUCGCGCCGACAUGCGGGGCUGGACUCGCCGCCUCGUGCUCGCGCUGCUCGCGCUGCUGCUCGGCUCCGCGUCGGCGGCGUGUCCGCCGCGCUGCGAGUGCUCCGAGGCGGCGCACACCGUCAAGUGCGUCUCCAAAGAGCUGCGGAGCGUCCCGGAGGGCAUCCCCGGCUACACCCGGAACCUCUUCAUCACCGGGAACCAGAUCAGCCGCGUCGGACCCGAGUCCUUCAGGGGGCUGGAGAACGUGACCAACCUGUCCCUGAGCAAUAACAGAAUUACCGAGGUGGAAUCGCACACCUUCGCGGGGCUGCGCAGCCUCCGCUCCCUGGACCUGAGCGGCAACCAGCUGGCCGUCGUCCACCCGGAGGCCUUCAGCGUCGCCAACCAGUCGCUGCGCGAGCUCAACCUGAGCCGGGCGCUCUACAACCACUCGGCGGUGGUGGACCUGGCCAUGGCGCUGCGCUGGAGCUCGCUGGGAGGCCUGCGGGGCCUGGACCUGUCCGACAACAGCCUCAUCUACCUGCCGGCGCGCAUCUUCUCCCACCUGGGCGGCCUGCGGCGGCUGCAGCUGUCCAACAACUCGCUGGUGGCCGUCCACAACGCCUCGCUGUCGGGCCUGGAGCGCCUGGAGGAGCUGGACCUCACGCUCAACGCCCUGAAGACGCUGCCCGAGGAGGGCCUGCGGGAGCUGGACUCGCUGCCCGGCGCCACCCUCCUGCUGGGGGACAACCCCUUCACCUGCACCUGCGGCAUCGAACCGUUCGCCCUGUGGCUCAACAGGUCGCGGGACCGCGUCCGGGACGCGGACGGCCUGGCGUGCGCCUUCCCGGCGGGCAUGAGGAACACGUCGCUGCUGGCGGCCGGCUCGCUGACCCUGGGCUGCCACCAGAGGGACGCCGGCGCCGACCUGGCGCUGCAGACCUCCUACGUCUUCCUGGGCAUCGUGCUGGGCUUCAUCGGCCUCAUCUUCCUCUUCGUGCUCUACCUCAACCGCAAGGGCAUCAAGAAGCGCGUGUACGACAUGCGGGACGCCUGCAGGGAGGUGUGGGAGGGCUACCACUACCGCUUCGAGAUCGACUCCGACCCCAGGCUGUCGCAGGUCUCCUCGAGCGCCGACGCGUGAGACGACUGUCCACACCGGAGUCGGGGUCUCACGGAAACGACUUUUUUAAUCGUAUCGGCAGCCAGAUGUAAAAAUUGUACAGAUCUUUCU